AGGCGCGAAAUGUAACGCGGGAAAAGCUGGGGCCGUGGCUGGAAGGGGUCGCGGCGGCUGGCUGGGCUGCGCCGGGCGUAAGGAAGAGUAGCGCGGCGUUUCCCUUCGUCCCUGCUGCCAUGACCCGCACCCGCCGCUGACUGCGCAGCGCGGCGGCGAUGAGCGGCUGAGGCGGCCAGGCAGUGCCAGGCGCCGCGGCCCGGAGAGCGGGGCUGAGCCGCCCCCGGCGCGUCCCCCGUGCCCGGCGCCAGCGCCAUGGCGGAGAGGCCUGCGGGCCCACCCGUCGUCUUCUGCCAGGACUCGCCGAAGCGGGUGCUGGUGUCGGUGAUCAAGACGACGCCUAUCAAGCCCCUGCGCGGCGGCGAGGAGCCGGCGCACGCCCCGCCCGUGCCCACCAGCCCCGGCUUCAGCGACUUCAUGGUGUACCCGUGGCGCUGGGGGGAGAACGCGCACAACGUCACGCUCAGCCCCGGCGGCCCCGCCAGCAGCAGCUGCGGCGACGCCGCCGCCCCCUCGCCCGCCCAGCAGCCCCGGGGCGGCGCGGCCAGGCCCGCCGGCGGGGAGGAGGAGGAGGUGGGCAGCCCGGACAGCACCAGCAGUGGCGGCGGCAGCCACCUGAAGGAUGGGAUAAGGCGUGGUCGACCAAGAGCAGAUACAGUUCGGGAUCUAAUAAGUGAGGGAGAACAUUCUUCCAGCAGAAUCCGUUGUAACAUCUGCAACAGGGUUUUUCCGCGCGAGAAAUCUUUACAGGCACACAAAAGAACUCACACUGGUGAAAGGCCUUAUUUGUGUGACUAUCCAGAUUGUGGAAAAGCCUUUGUUCAGAGUGGGCAGCUCAAAACGCACCAACGUCUACACACAGGAGAAAAGCCUUUUGUCUGCUCGGAGAACGGCUGUUUAAGCAGAUUCACACAUGCAAACCGCCAUUGCCCUAAGCAUCCGUAUGCAAGACUGAAGAGGGAGGAGCUUACCGACAGGCUGAGUAAAAAACAGACAGCUGACAAUAAAGCCGUUGCUGAGUGGCUAGCAAAGUACUGGGAGACUAGAGAGCAGCGUGCACCUACCUUGAGAAGUAAAACUGUUCAGAAAACCGACCAGGAGCAGCAAGACCCCCUGGAGUAUCUUCAGUCUGAUGAAGACGAUGAGGAGGAGAAAAAUAGUGUUCACUCAGCUGCCCGCCGCCGUCUUCAAGAGCAGCGAGAACGCCUGCAUGGGGCGCUUGCUCUUAUUGAGCUUGCAAACGUGGCUGGAGCUCCACUGCUACAGUAGCAUAGGGACUGAAUCUGCCAAUAGAUGAAAUGAAAUGUACUGCCUGGUGGUACUUAACCAGUUAGAACCUGGGCAUAAGCUAAGCACCUUAUUUGCUUUUCAUAGGCUGCUAUUCUGUAGAAUUUAUGAAGAAUGUUGUUGUCCCACAACGUGGGGCGAGAGAAUUGCACUUUUUUUAUAUGGUAAAAGACAGAUGUAAAGUUUUUAAGUAUUUUGUAAAUAUGGGACUGCACAGUGCAGGGUAAACAAAUUGCAGUUUGUGAGAGAACUAGAUUUUGCAAGGUUAAUUCAUUUAUUUAAAGCAGUUCUCACAGGAAGCACUUUCUGAACAUGAUGCUUGUUUUGAUAGCAGGAUGGUACAUUUGGCCAAAGAAGGCUGACGGGAAAUUAUUUAUCUAUUUAAACAAUUUUAUUUGAAGUGGUAUGUUUGCAAGCAGUGAUGCAACCAAUGUUUUUUUGGGGGGGUAGGGGGGAAGGAGGAUUGUAUUUUAUUAUACCUACUGUCACCAAUCAGAGGGCCAAAUUGGAUAUUCCAUCUUAAGAUGGGGAAGAAACUGGUUAAGGUAAAAACUAAAAACAGUUCAGGAUCUUCAUUGUGACUGCCCAAGUUAUGAGACUGACUUCCGUAUUAACUCUUGGUCUUGAUCUCAGCAGAAUCUUUUGGUUUGAGUAGCACUUGUUAUUCCUAACUUAUAAUGUUGGGAACUUUUGCACAUUACUGGGCUUAUCUGCAAAUAAAUGAAUAAUCUUGCAAAGUCUAGAUGGCUGGUAACAAAUGAUAUUUUUUUCCAGAUGUUUCAGACCCUGUAAUGAGAUUUGGCACUUGUUUUUGUUAAUAAAGGGGGUAUUUACAGGUGGUAUUGACUUGUAGUAGACUAUUUUAGAUCUCUUGUUGGCAAACACUAAGUUUUUAAAGUACUGCUUUUAUAUGGUUAUUAGCAAAUAGAAGCCUUUUUUUUUUUUUUUUUUUUUUUUUUUUUUUUUUUUUUUUUUUUUUUUUUUUUUUUUUUUUUUUUUGCAUAAA